AUGUGUCAAAAAAAAAAAAAUAAUAACAACCGACAAGAAGAAGAAGCGACUUGAAUCGAAUUUCCGUAUUUUACAUCCAUUGUCGCCCUAGUUGUGUCCGGUUGUGUGAAUUUGUGUUUUUUCUUUUUUUUUUCUGUGCGAGCCCAUUGUGAGACGCCUUUUCGCAGUUCCCGAACGCCCCCUUCUGAAAAUGGAAAUUGCUUGAACGACCCACGACGACAUUUUUUUUUUUUUUGUUUUUUCUUUCCUUUUUCUUUCAUUUUAAAUGAUUUAAAGAAGAAUUACGGAUUAGAGAAACAGACAAAUAAGAGGAAAGGACAACAAAGAAAAAAGUGAGUGAAAUGAAUCCGGAGAGAGACAUUGCCGUCCAGUGAAUCUUCUGUGCAUCAGCCAGGAAAACAAAGAAAAAAACAAAACAAAAACAAUUAAAGGAAACAAAUUCAGAAUUUCAAAAAAGAUGAUGAUGAUGAUGAUGGAAGAAAACAGUAGCAUCAAAUCAGCCGGCUCGUCGAUGGCGUUGGCGGCCGUGGCCGAAGCGGCUGCGUGCGCGCUAGAGACGCAUCACGACGCCGCCAGUCCGGCCACCGUCUCUGUCCGCAUUUACGUGCCGGAGCUCAACGUCCAGAAGGUGAUCCACUUCCACCGCGAGGAGCUCGUCUGGAAUGUCAAACAGCAGUGUUUGGCCACUCUGCCCAAAGAGCUGAAGGAAAGUUUCAACUAUGGGCUGUUUUAUCCGCCUUGCAAUGGCCGGGCCGGCAAAUUUUUGGACGAGGAACGUCCCCUCUCAGAUUACCCGUUCAACGGACCUGGCGGCUACCUCGAGUUGAAGUACAAGAGACGCGUGUACAAGAUGUUACACUUGGACGAGAAACAAUUGCGCUCGCUUCACACACGCGUCAACUUGCGUCGCUUUUUCGACUACGUGACCAGCGGCCAAACGGAGAAGAUCACCAAAAUGUGUGCCAAAGGACUGGAUCCCAACAUUCAUUGUCAAGACACGGGCGAAACUCCCCUGACGUUGGCUGCAGUUUCUUCUCGCCCAGGGCCAUUGCUUUUGGCCCUGGUCGGUGGCGGUGCACUGAUCGAUUACCGAACGAGAUGUGGCUCAACCGCCCUGCACAGGGCUGCUGAGAAGAACAGCAUAGAAGCUGUCAGGACUCUUCUGGACCUGGGGGCCUCCCCUAAUGUCCGUGAUGCCAAAGGGCUGACCCCUCUGUGGACCGCAGUCUCAGCUAAAGCAUCUCCAAUGCUAUGUCAAGCUCUCCUCCAUGACUACUCCAUCCACGGUGUCCAAGAUGCUCAAGGGUGGCAUGAGGUCCAUCAGGCCUGCCGUAAUGGACUCGUACAGCAUUUGGAGAACCUGCUGUUUUACGGAGCCGACAUGAACGCCAAGAAUGCAUCAGGCAACACACCCUUGCACGUUUGCGCCGUAGACAAUCAGGAAGCGUGCGCCCGACUGCUGCUCUUCCGGGGGGCCGAUCGCGAAGCUCUUAACUACGCCAAUCAGACACCCUACCAGGUGGCGGUAAUUGCCGGCAACCUGGAGCUGGCCUCUCUCAUCCAUCGGUUCCGAAGUGAGGAUGUCGUGGCAUUCAAGGAAACGCCGUCGUUCAAUCCCCGUCGGCGAAAGUCGGUGCUGUCAAUGAGACACUCGGUAUCGUCCAGUGUCCUCGAUGGCUCUUCCAUCGCGUCGUCGUCGACGACCGGCUCCAGCAGCACCCCCAGUCCAACGUUGGUCUACAAUUCUCUGGCGAGCAGGUCGAUGAAUCGACGCCAACAGCCAUCGCCGUCCCCAUCCAACACGGACCGUUGGCUGGAAUUGAAUCCGCUCUGUAUGAGCACCGUGUCUGUGCGCAGCGAUACGGGAAGCUCCUCUUCGUGUACGGCCGAAAGCGAGGAUAACGGCAGCAGCUUAACUGACAAAAUCAGCGUUGACCAGUGCGACAUUGUCAGUGAUAGCUCGGGCGUUGGCACGUCCAACAGCGGAAGCGGCGGUAGCUACGACGCCAACACGCCAUCGGAACAUUCUUUGGUUUUGCCGGGCAUGACGGUUGUCUGCACAGAAGUGUACAGCUGCAAAGAGCCCAACCACCUGAAUUUGCAACCAGGAGAUAUAAUUGAAGUGACGGGAUCAACCGACUGCGGAUUAUUGGAAGGAUGGUUGAGAGGAGACAGCGGUUACUUUCCGCCCAGCUGCGUCCAAGAAGUCAGACUUCGCAAUCCGGCCGCCAUUGCAGCGGCCAGGCACCAUCCCAGCCCUGCUGUCAUCUCCAAAACCAAUUCGAGUAUCCCAUCUAUGGGCAUGACCCUUCCCGUGCCCGUUCCCGUUUUGCAAUUGGGCAAAACUAUGGAAGCCAGAGCCGCCGGCCGUAGGGAAAUGACUGCACAAAACUAUGGAACGACUCCGCGAAUGAAGUCGAUGUACAGCGAACCACGAACCGUUAUACUUCAUAAAGGCCAGCGAGGAUUUGGGUUCGUCUUACGUGGCGCUAAAACAAUGACAGGCAUGAAAGAUCUAAACCCUGUUCAGAAUCGAGUUCCGGCUUUACAAUAUUUGGAUAGCGUCGAAUCCGGCAGCGUAGCCGAUCGAGCUGGUCUUCAGCCCGGUGAUUUCAUCCUUGCCAUUAACGGCGAAGAUCUGGCCAAAGCUUCGCACGAGACGGUGGUCGAUUGCAUCCGGCGUUCUGGUAAUUUAGUUCAGCUGACUAUCUGCUCUGCCACCGUCCAAACUGUCAGCCCGUCAGUCAGCCAAUCAAUCAGUGAAUACGCCCUAACAGGGCCGAGUAGUAGUCGACAGUAUUCAACACUUCCUAGGAAGCUACCCGGCCGACCUCCCCAACCGCCGAAACGAGAUCCGAGAACUACUUUAAGUGUUGGCCGCGCCCGCGCCCGUUCGAUGGUCGUUGCGCUCAAUGAUAUGGAAACAUCACAAUUGAGCAACGAACCGGCUGAGGAUAUCUACUCCAAUUCUUCGUCAUCAAGGACGGCUUCCAUUCGUUCACGUUCAGGCUCUGGAAGAGUUUCCACCACCGAUCUUGAGAGAUUGUCCAUCCCCACAGCUGUUGUUCCUCCUGCGCCCCCAUCGGAGUCUAACAGAUCGCCUCGCGUGUACGCCAGUGUGGCGGAAAUGAAACGCAUGAGAAAACUGAAGAAUUCGGCGGAAUUGCUGAAAUUACACAAAGAAUUUCACAGCACACCGGAACUGUGCUGGGAGCAACAGCAAAAUGGUGAAGUAAUGACGUCUUCAUGGACAGCCGAAGUGGAAAUUUCACAGGAUGUUCAAUCAGCCGAGGAUUGGCGAAAAAGUCAGAGCCAGGAAAACGUCUAUGGCAUGGAAUUGCAGGCGCAUAAUCAACGCAAUGCACGUCGUUCAUGGGCCGUGAACAAUAUAAAGCCGGGAGGUCCACGCCGUUCAGGCGUACGUUAUCAUGGCUCGUGGCAAAACAUCGAGGAUUCGUAUCGUCAAUCGGAGGAUGACGACGAUGGUGACGAAACGGAAGAAGAGGACGAUGGUGAGGAAGAAGCUGAGGACGCGACCACACCAAUCGCCGAUCAAUUAAAUUUGUUGGGCAAUCGAGAUUACCGUGCCGUAAAGGCGUGUAGACCGGUGUACUCCACCGGAAAUUGCAACACCCUACCCAAAAGAGCUGGCAGCCCACAUUGUACCGCUCCUCCACCUGAUCAUCCGCCACCUCCUCCACCUCCGCCUUCGCAGGUCGUCCGAGUUGACGUAACCAAAUCGCAUAGCGAAUACGCUGCCGUGGCUGCGACGGGCGGCGAACGUCCCACGACUCCAGUCAUGUCCAGCUUCCGACCUAGCGACAAUGCUAAGCUUUACGCUCUGCCAGAAGACCUGAAAAAUGUCGGCUACAUGACACUCCGCCCGACAGGGUCGAAAAAGAUGGCUACCGUGUCAGCAAUCGCAGGAUCUCCUCCCUCGUCCGCGGCCUCUAGAUCUAAAAGCUUGCCGCCUCGCAGUAGCCGGCCGAAUGUUCAGGUGAAGCAGCAGACGAAGAACGAAGAGCCACGCGUCAGCGUGACUGUCAACUCUACGCCGGUUAUUCCCGAUCCGGACUACGACAGUGAAGAAGAAGCUCAUCAGAACGGCAUGCUGGCACGAGGCAAAACGUCGUGCGUGAUGGUGGGACACGAGUCUUCCGACAACGAGCCACGAACCAAGUUACUGAUUGAAAUCAAGCAACAAGCUGCCCAGAAGCCACAUCGAGUCGAAGUGGAAGGAGGAAAACGGGGGAGUUUACCGAAAUCUCAAAGCUUCUGCGCCGAUCUACUAAAGGCGAAAUCUUUGUUGAAAAAUUCGCAAUCUUACCCCGAAGAGCUGAGCGAUUGCCAACUUAUUCAGGAUUCGUAUCCGGAAGACGCUUACGUCACGUUUGUACCGGUGAACGGCCAGUCGGACGAGGCGCAAUACGGGCACAGUAAAAAUGGCCGCCGAACGGGGACGCUCACGCGUCACGCGGUGUCUUUGAUUCAAUUGCCACCACCCGUCGAAAACGGAGAGACAGACGCCGAUGACAGGUUGCAAUCUAAUCAUCAAUCAGAGGUGGCCGCCGAACAGGAUUCCGUCAGCACGGUAUCGACGUUGAGUUCAUUAUCGACCAGCACCAACUCGUCGGAGAGGGACGAUGCAACGAUACUCGAAAAUCAUAAACCGGUCAAGAAGAUCAACAGGCAUUGGCGAGAGGCGGGUGGCCCGUCUGAACACCAACCGGCGACCGACGGCGAGAGGACAAUCGAAGAGAGUCUCCAACUGAUCAGGAAGCACGUCGAUGAAUUGAGCGGAAUGAAUCGCUCGCCCACGAAGAAGACUGCGCCCGUCGUCCCUCCACCUCCGCAGUUCGUCGAAGCGGUCGUUUCCGCGGACAAUGAAGAUUCGUUUCUCGCUCCCCCGCCACCGGAAUUUUCGGAUGCAGUAACGAUGACGAAGACGACGCACAAAUCCGGCCAGCGUCAAUUACCGAAAUCGAUGAGCUCGGGCCAAUUGCGGGACGCGUUGGGAGAUGGGAGCGACGAUGCGGCGCCAAUCUCGUUCUCGUCGCACUUUCUCAAUCGUCGCAUGGUUGAACGUCGUUUGAGCGAUGACGCCAUCAACAGCAGCAAUAAAGCGCCCACCGUUCGAGUGGUUGGCACCGUCCCCAAGAAGGUGUCUUUCAGUCCGGACGUUAUCGAAGCCGAAACGAGCCGUGCUGGACAUCAAGAAAUGGUGGCGACCACUCGGAAAUUUCCACACAAGCCUCUUCACGAGUGGACCGUCAACGACACGGCUGAUUGGCUGGACAGCAUCUUCCUCAACGAAUACAAGGGCGUAUUUAUGAAGCGGAACAUUGACGGCCCUAGUUUGAUGCAGAUUAACAACGAAACGCUGAUGAAUAUGGGAGUCAAACGUUUAGGGCACAGGCUGAACAUUGAAAAAUCAUUGAAGCAUUACGCUCGCGAUCCGAGGAAUUGAGUUUUUAUUCACUUCGAUCAGGCGUAGGAAAGGACAUUUAAGAAAAAAAAAAAAAAAAAAGGUAUUCUUAUUUCUUGGGAGUGCAUUCAGCUGAGACAGAAAAGCCUGGUAAGCAUAAUUGGGGCAAUAGCAACGUGAAAGGGAAGUUAAGAAAAAUCAAGAAAAAUCGAGUCAUAUAUCUAUGUAUAAUUUUGUAAAACAAUUUUAGAGUCUUUCUUUUUCCUCCUCCCCUUUCUUCUAUAUUUCCCCCGGUUUCAACGCAGUACAUACCUGAGCUUUGAUACCAAACGAUGUAGACUUGUCAUCCUAGUUUCUUUACCAUUUUUUCUCCAUUUCUUUUCUUCUGCCACGUGUGUUGUAUUUAUACAGUUACAUUUAACCUUUUAGAUUUAUCCUAUAUCCCACGGUAUAUACAUAUAUACAUCCAUUACAGUUCUAAUAACCCGCUAAAGAGCGAGAACGCCAUUUAUUCAUCCUUCUUUCAUUUUGAUUAGAGCGCAUCUUUUCUUCUUUCGUCAUCCGUCAGGUAUAAAAGAAAACACACAAAAAAAAAGUAAAUUUCUGAAGACGUUUAUACUUCGUCCGCAUCUCCCUUCCUUUCUUGGAUCAAGCUCAAG